AUGGUCCUUUUUCUCCCUUGUCCUCAUGUCUUUCCUCGGGAGUUGGUCCUGCCUGGCUUGAUUUGCUUCCUGCGCCCCUCCAUCGCCCCUCCCACUAUCAUCAACCCGUUUUCUUCUGGUCCUCUUACUUUUUCUCCGGUUACAUUCGAGUCCUCCGGCUUCCUCUGGUGGGAGCAUUUUGGCCUGAUAGGUCACACGGGUUUGGCAUCAUCUCCAGCUUACUUACUCGUUCGCCCAACCGCGAUCGCCAAAAAUCUGGCCCUGGACACAAACCUCGGGGGCAGCUUUCAGAGCUGUCCCGAUCUGUCUUCGCUACAGAUCUCACAGCCCUCUCUCUCAGACGGAUCCGAUCAAGACGUCAACACCGAGCCAUCUCGUUCGCCAUCGCCAGACUCGUUGGCCCCGCGCGGAGCCAAGAAAUAUUCCAACCGCCACGUCGUCUCACGAAAGGCGCGCAACGUGAUCGGCAAGGUCCGCGCAUUCCAGCGCAUCGCGGCUGCCAAAAUGGCCCAUCCCUCCAUCAAGAUCGAUACCAACGUUCCGGGUGCCAAGCGCGGCCUGCCGCCGGACGAUGCAGGCUCCGACGGGCUGGGAGAGCAGGGUAACCCCCGGUUGGAGACCGGAAACACAGAGGACGUCCCACCGUUCUUAUGCCAAUCUGUCAUGGAAAUACACGAGAAAUUUGAAGAACUGGAGUGGAUCCAGCGGACGCGAAUGAACGAUGCGAUGCUGUCAAACGACCCUUCUCACCCAUACGCGAUCGAAAAUGAUCCUGCCGUUCGGGAGAGAAAUCGCUACAUCAAUGUACAGGCGUAUGCGAAUUCUCGAAUCCAUCUGCAGGUGCCCGAGGGGGAGUGCGACUUCAUAAAUGCUUCUCCGAUUACCUUGAGAGACUCUCUCACCCAGGAGGAACAGAAGUACAUUGCGACCCAGGGCCCCAAGCAGGGAAACCUGCUGGACUUCUGGCAGAUGGUUUUCCACGAAAGUAAGGAUGUGGCAGUUAUCAUAAUGCUCACGCAGACCUUCGAAGCGGGACGGGAGAAAUGUGCUCAGUAUUUCCCACUGGCGAAUGGCGAUUCCAUGGAGCUGGUGGCAGAGGAGGCGGAUCCCUUCGUGAACAAUGAUACUGACGACCAGGAGAAUUCAGAGGUGCUUGGAACAGUAAAGCUUUUGGAUUGCUCGUUCGAUCCCAAAUCGCGCUCUCAGGUCCGCCAGCUCGAGCUCACCAUCGGAUCGGAAUCAAAGAUUGUGUGGCACUUUCUCUUCGCCGGCUGGGCUGAUCACUCUAAGCCCGAAGGAAGUGACCGUCAGGCGUUAUUGGAAUUGAUCGCACUUUCUUCCUCGAAAUGCGAUUUAGAUAACCCGCGCGUGGUUCAUUGCAGCGCGGGCGUCGGUCGAACAGGUACAUUCAUCGCUCUGGACCAUCUUCUCCGUGAGCUUGAAUCGGGCCAGCUCCUGCAGAUAACCGACUCCGAGGCCGACCCUGUCUUUGAUUGCGUCGACGAGAUGCGCAAACAGCGGAUGAUGAUGGUAUACAAUGAGCUUCAGAUGCAGUUCAUCUACGAGGUCCUCCGUGAGCAGACUGACAUCAAGCUUGGCAAGACGGAUCCGUCUCAAAUCAAUUCUCCAGGAAGCCAGGCGGAGCCCCGAUCUGCGAAAGUGGCCAAGCUCAGCUUUGAGGGCUAUGAGCCGACUGCAAAGCCCGAGCUGGAACCCAUGCCGGAUCAUAUCGCUAUUCCAACUCGAAGCUCAUCUGGAACGGAGGAGGCCCCCCGAUGA